GCCCAAUAGCCUCACUCAAAACAACCAAGCACAACUUUCACCCCACCACCCUACACCAAACACCACCAACUUUUUCAAAAUGCAGUUCACCGCUUCAUUCAUCCUCGCCGCUGCCUUCGCCUUCAGCAGCAUCAACGCCAAGUGCUACAGCGGCCUCGGAUGGGGCGCGGAGAAGGGCCUCGCGGAACAAGCCGUCGACGCACUUUGCGACCCCACGAAGCUCAACAGCUUCAUUCACGACGGCUUCCAGCAGGGCCAGACCAAGGCGGACUGCGUCCAGCUCUCGGGCAACAAGAAAGCCGAUUUCCAGGUUAACUGGGGCGGCCAGGGCUACUUGAACCUAGCUCAGGAGGACUGUGUCCUGAGGUUCAAGAAUGAGGUCAAUGGUUGCGGCAGCGGUGGCUCGACGACUACUGCUGAUUGGACCUUCACUGCUGAUCCCAACGAUGGAACUUGCGUCCCUGUCGAGAAGCGUUCUGUCAAGUUCAUGGCUUAAACACAGAACAUUGUGCGACAGCGAGGGGUUACGGUGUAUGGUUUUCUAGGAGGAUUGGUUGAUUUCAUGCGUUGUUUUCUCUUAGCUGUUUUUCAUGUUCUUUCCUAGCUUAACUGUUUUGUUUAUGUGUUUGCACUAUGCUGGGC